UACUGUACACGACACGGGAAACGCCUCAGUUUGGAGAAAACGAAAGUUAGGCAGUUGUACAUGUCUCUACGCAGCAAAAUGGCAGACGCCAGUACUUCAUGGUCUCUGGAAGAAUUUAACUGUUCAAUCUGUCUGGAUCUACUGAAGGAUCCAGUGGCGCUUACCUGUGGACACAGUUACUGUAUGAGCUGUAUUACAGGCUACUGGGAUCAGGAUGAUCAGAAGAGAGUCUACAGCUGCCCUCAGUGCAGACAGACCUUCACUCCAAGACCUGUUUUAGGUAAAAACACCAUGCUGGCUGAAGUGGUGGAGAAAAUCAAGAAGACAAAACUCCAAGCUGCUCGUAAUGCUCAAUGUUUCCCUGGAUCUGGAAAUGUGGAGUGUGACGUCUGUACUGGGGACAAAAACAAAGCCAUCAAAUCCUGUCUGGUGUGUCUGAACUCUUACUGUCAAAAUCAUCUUGAACAACAUGAAACUUUCUUCAAAGGUAAGAGACACAAUCUAAUGGGUGCCACUGGACAACUGCAGGAGAUGAUCUGCCCUCAACAUGAGAAACUGUUGGAGAUUUUCUGUCGUACUGAUCAGCAGUGUAUAUGUUAUUUGUGUACAAUGGAUAAACACAAAAACCACGAGACCGUAUCAGCUGCAGCAGAGAGGACUGAGAAACAGAGACAGCUGGGUGAGAUGCAAAGAAAAAAACAGCUAAGAAUCCAGGAGAGACAGAAGGAGCUUGAGAAGCUGAGAGAGGCUGUAGAGUCUCACAAGUGCUCUGCACAGGCAGCAGUGGAGGACAGUGAGAGGAUCUUUACUGAGCUGAUCCGCUCCAUUGAGAGAAGCCGCUCUGAGGUGUCACAGCUGAUCAGAGAUCAGGAAAAGGCUGCAGUGAGUCGAGCUGAAGGACAACUGGAGCAACUGGAGCAGGAGAUUGAAGAUCUGAGGAGGAGAGACGCUGAGCUGGAGCAACUUUCACACACAGACAAUCACAUCCAUUUCCUCCAGAGUAUCCAGUCUCUCUCUGUUCCUCCUGGAUCUACAAACUCGCCCAAAAUAACUAUCAGUUCUCGUCUCUCUUUUGAUGAUAUUGGUAAAUCUGUGUCUCAUCUGAGAGAAAAACUGGAGAAUUUCUGCAGGGAGGAGAUAGAAAAGAUAUCUGGUAGAGUAACAUACAUUGUGAUCAUUCCCACCUCUGAGCCCAAAACCAGGGAGGAGUUCCUUCAAUAUUCUCAUCAACCCACUCUGGACUUAAACACAGUAAAUAAGAAUCUCUGUCUGUCGGAAGAGAACAGAGUGAUUGAAUACACUCGUGAAGAACAGCCGUAUCCUGAUCAUCCAGACAGAUUUGAUCACUGGUCACAGGUGUUGUGUAGAGAGCGUGUGUGUGGACGCUGUUACUGGGAGGUUGAGUGGAGUGGUUGGGUGUAUAUAUCAGUGUCAUAUAAGAGCAUCAACAGGAAGGGACGGGGAAAGAAGAGCGAGUUUGGUUGUAAUGAUCAGUCCUGGUGUUUGUUCUGCUCUGACUCUCGUUGCUCAUUCUGGCACAAUAACAAAGGGACUGAACUCCCAGUAGUCUCCAGCUCCUCUAGAAUAGGAGUGUAUGUGGAUCACAGUGCAGGAACUCUGUCCUUCUACAGCAUCUCUGACACAAUGACCCUCAUUCACAGAGUCCAGACCACAUUCACUCAGCCUCUCUAUGCUGGGUUUGAGUUCAGUUCAUUAUGUAAAAGUGUAACAAAAGUUAAACUAUGUAAGUUAUAAAUAAGAUACAACUUCAUUCUACAAAUAAAAUAGCAUAUUAACAGUUUAAGCUUCAUGAUAAAUCAGCAACUUGGAUACUGAAGUCUUUUACUUUCUAAUAAAUAAAUCAACACUGAUCAUCUCUCAUUAAAAAACUUGGCAGCUUUCUGAAAAAAAUAUCUUCUGAUAUGAUCUAACAAUGACUGGUGAGUAUAAAAAAUAAAUGAAUAUUAAAAUCGACUUUGACAGAAUAGUAUAAUAUCAGGCUACACUGUGUAUGUUCAAGUCUUCAGAGGCUGAUGAAAUUUCACAUUCAACAAUCCACAGUAAAAUGUAUUUCAUUAUACAUUAUAUAAAUACAUUAAAAUCUAUUUCAGUAAAAUUUAGUUUAUUUGAUCUAGACAAUUUCUGUAAGUUUUGCAACAGACACCUAAAUUGUAAUAGUUAACGAGCAAGCUAGAGCUUAUUGGUCUACUUUGUUGAUCAGUAUCAGUAAGUCAAAAUAUAUUUUGCUUGAUUAGAUUUAAUAGGAGUCAUAAAACCUCCCUGUAUUUUGUGUAUUGUCACUUUUUGUGGGUUUCUGCUGAUGUAUUCCGUUUUACUACAAAAACUCUGUAACACUGGGUACAGUUCACUCAAUAAACAUCACUGCC